AUGAUCCUCUCUCAGUAUAGGGGCUGCUUCUCGCGCAUCUUUGUCUUCAGCCCCUCGGUGAUGAUUGAUUCCGCCUGGCAGCCCGUCAAGGACUACGUCAGGGACGAGCUUGGGGUCAACACUGACAGAGAACAGUGCUUUUUUGAAGAUUGGGACGAGGCUGCGCUGCGGAAGAUCAUGGCUGACCAAAAGCGUAUCACCCAGAAGAGCAAGGAGUUGGGCCUCAAAAAGCUCUACCAGGUUCUCGUGGUCCUCGACGACCUAGCUGACAAUCCCGCCGUGCACCGGAAGACAGGCGACGGCGUUCUGGACUCGCUCUUCAUCCGUGGCCGCCACUACUGUAUUUCCUGUUGGGUGAGCUCCCAACAACUGCGUCUUAUGAGCUCCGCCGUGCGGGUCAACACCAUGUUCUACUGCGUCUUCCGCCUGCGCAACCAGCUGGAGCUGGACGCCCUGGUGGAGGAGCUGAGCGCCAUGCUCCCGAAGGAGACCCUGUACGCAAUGUAUGAGGAGAUCACAGCCAAACUUCUCGGGGGCGGGCCGAUCUGUGAAAGUGAAUGUUCCAACGUGCGCUGCUGCACGACCACCCAGGGCGUCUACGACCCCAGCCGGUGGCCACCCCCGGAGCGCCCCAGGCAGGUCUCGGAGGAGUCGGCCGCCAGCGAGUUCUCGGCGCGCCCCACGCGGUUUCUCCGCCGCUUAAGGAAAAGAGUCCCCAUGUCCACCACAGUCUACAUCGAUUCCCGGAAGCGCGUGGCGGGCACCGACAGUGACUUCGAGAUCGACUUAGGCGAGACGCUGCACAUCGACUCGGGCGCGAAGCUGGCGGUGCACAAGAUCCGCGUGGCGGACGCCUUCCUCUCCACGGACCGUGGCAGUUACCUCUAUUGGCACGACGUGUCGGGCGGCACGCUGCACAACAACUACGCGGCGGCCACGUACGUCGCUUCGACGAACGAGAUUCAGGUCGCCUACGACGGGAAUCGAGUGAUCCUCAACAACCAGGAUCUGAGGCUCACCUUCCCCAACGGCCCGGGCUAUCCGCCGGGCGUGUCGUCCACCAGGCCCGAGAGCAUCAACCACUUGCUGGGCCCCAGCUUCAUCUCGGGUGCCCAACAGAUCUUCACCUUCACCCAGAUGGCCCCAUAUGAGUCCCUGUACCUCAGAUGUCCCGCCCUCGCCGCGCGCGAGCACAUCCUCGGCCCCCUGGGCUCCGACAUCAUCGCGAAGAUCAUCGUGGACCGCGGCGUGGGCCACGUCCUCCACAGCCGCACGGAUGAAGGCCACUUCGUCAACUUGCACGGUCCCAUCACGCUGCGCUACUUGCGCUUCCGCCUCACCGACCUGGACGGCGAGGUGGUCAACACUCGCGGGACCUCGGUGAGCUUCGAGCCCUCGGAGGAGCCUUCGGAGGAGCCCGCCGCACGGCCUUCGGCGAAUGAGCAGCAGCCUUCGGCGGAGGAGCGGCCCAAACCAGAGCCGAAGAGGCGCGGGCGCCCGCCGGGAGCGAAGGACAAGGCUCCCCGGAAGCCCAGAGUGCCGCCACCGCCGACUGUCCCCGUGGACACGGUGCCCAACACGGAGCCCGCCGCCGAAGUGGAGCCCCCACCGCUGGCGCCUGCCGCCGCACGGCCUUCGGCACAGCCGUUGGAGCAGCCCGUCAGAAUGACGCCCUCGGAGGUCCGUCGGGCCCAGCAGCUCUCCCGCGCCGACCGCUUCCACGAGCGCAACGAGCCUGCGAUGCUGCGGGCGUUUCACAAGCAGUUCCCCUCUUACAACCUGACGCCGCUGCUCGACAGGCGCCACCAGCAGCUCAUCGACGCCCAGGCCUUCAACAAGUGGCUGGCGGAGCGGCGGCAGCGCCAGGAGGGCGAGUCCUACGCCGACGAGCUGGGGCGCAUGACGGACGCCGUCAACAGGAGGAUCCCCCAGUUGAGAUGGGCACCCGCCGAGCGGGCGGGCGUGCGCAGGAUGGCGCGGGACGAGCUUGAGAUCCCCCUGGCCUUCGAGCAUGAGCUGGAGGAGCACGAGGAGGGCGAGGAGAUCCUGGGCUUGCUGAAGCGCCGCUGGACGACGCCGCGUCGCGUGGCCCUGCGGUACGACCACAGGGAGGUCCAGAGCUACUUGUGCGAGGCGGCGCAGCGAGCCAGCGAGCUGAGCUACUUGGGCAAGCGGGGCCUGCGGGUCCUGGGCCACAUCGCCGAGGGCGAGCUGCUGCCCAUCACCUAUCCCAACCGCAACGACGCCAACGAGGGCUACGACGGGGUGCCCUUCCCCAGGCGCGACUUCCUGCGCCCGCGGGCCUUCGACAGCGAUUCUGACUUUGGUGCCGUGGACCCUGGCCAGGCUCUGAGAAACGACGGGUUUCAGCCGCCGCCGGCGCCGGGCUUCCUGGGACGGCUGCAGCAGGCCGAGGCCGCGGCGGGCGCAGCGGCGGGGCUGGCGGGCUCCGCCUCCGCCAUCGCGGGGCACGGAGCAGACCUCUACAACGCAGCGCGGAGGGGGCGCAACUGGAUCGACCGGAACCUGCGCAUCCUUCGCGUGCCCGAGGGCCUGGCGCCCCCGCCCGACGAGGUCGCUCCACCACAAGUGAUAGGCAGGCCUUCGGAGGUGGAGCCUCUCCUGGAGCGGGCGGGCCAGGGGGCCCAGGAGGUGGAGCGGGCGGCGGCCCGCGACAUCGAGCAGUUCAUGAGCCAGCAGAUGCCCGAGGCGGAGGCGACCGAGGGCUUCGCUUCCGCGGCGGAGGCGGCGGCGGGGGCCGCGGAAGCCGCAGCGACCGCGGAGGCGGGAGGAGGCGCGCUCGCGGCCAUCGGCUCCAGGCUGGCCGCCGCCGGAGAGGCCGCGCUGCCCGUGGCCGCCACGGUGGGGGCGGCUGCGGGAGGCCUGGCCGUGGCGGGCGCGGGGGCAGCGCUGGUGGGCACCGCGUGGGCGCUGCACGGAGGCAUGGUGGCGGCGGAGCACCUGAUGGGCUGGGGCGGGGGAGGAGGCACCGACACGGACGCCUCCCGGCCCAGCUCCGCUCCCGACAUUCAAACCCUCAACGCGAUGCAAGAGUUCGGGGCGGAGCAGCACUUCCGGCUCCGGGAGCCUUCGCGCCAGCCACGGACAGAGUACUACCGCCUGACCGAGGACGAAUCGGAGCCGCGGGCCCAGCCUGCCCCCAGGGUACAGGCUCGUCCCGCGAGGCCCACGCGCUAUCCUACGGGCCUCAACUCCGUGGCGCAGUCCUCGGGCAGCGACUCGUCCCGCGGGCCACGGAUGCAGCGUCAAGUGACUGCUGCCGUGAACGACGAGCUGGUUCAGAGCCUCGACUACAAGCUCCAGUCGAGCAACGUUAACUACGUUCAGAGUCGAAAAGAUGUGCGUUACUACCCGAGCUCGCUGAGCACCUUCACGCCCACCACGAGCCGAGUCUGUCGCAUCCCCCUGACCAGCGGCAUGGACUUCAUCGACCCGGAGUCGGUGAAGCUCGGCUUCACGGUGCGCAACAACUCCACCACGGCCACGCUGCAGCUGUCCUCGCCGGAUCCGUCGUGCCUCAUUAACCGCGUGGAGGUCUUUGCCAACGGCACCCGCAUCGAGGACGGGGAGACGCCCAUGGCCACGAUAGAGGUGACCGGCGUCACGGCUGGCCAG